CGGAUGAGGAAGCACCUGACUAUGGCUCUGGCGUGCGGCAGUCGGGGACAGCCAAGAUAUCCUUCGAUGACCAGCACUUUGAGAAGUUCCAGUCGGAGUCAUGCCCAGCCGUGGGGAUGUCUCGCUCCGGGACCUCCCAGGAGGAGCUGCGCAUCGUCGAAGUCAGCGACGUGGGUCCCUCUGCUGAUGAGGUCAACAACAAUACCUGCGCAGUGACACCAGAGGACCUUCUGGACAGCCCAGAGAAGCCUGUGUCAGAAGGGCCACUGGAGACAGCUCUGGACCACUUGAAGCUGGGCAGCAUGUUCACUUUCCGUGUGACGGUCCUGCAAGCCUCCAGCAUCUCUGCAGAAUAUGCAGACAUCUUCUGCCAGUUCAACUUCAUCCAUCGCCAUGACGAGGCCUUUUCAACAGAGCCCUUGAAGAACACAGGACGGGGGCCACCACUAGGCUUCUAUCAUGUCCAAAAUAUUGCUGUGGAGGUGACCAAAUCCUUCAUUGAAUACAUCAAGAGCCAGCCUAUUGUAUUUGAAGUCUUUGGGCACUACCAACAGCAUCCUUUUCCACCCCUCUGCAAGGACGUCCUGAGCCCGCUGAGGCCAUCCCGGCGCCACUUGCCCCGUGUGAUGCCACUCUCCAAACCAGUGCCUGCGACGAAGCUGAGCACCAUGACUCGGCCCAGUGCCGGCCCAUGCCAGUGCAAGUAUGACCUGAUGGUCUUCUUUGAGAUCUGUGAGCUGGAAGCCAAUGGCGACUACAUCCCUGCCGUUGUGGACCACCGUGGAGGCAUGCCAUGCCAUGGGACCUUCCUCCUCCACCAGGGCAUCCAGAGGAGGAUCACUGUCACCUUGGUGCAUGAAACAGGCAGCCUCAUCCGCUGGAAGGAAGUGCGGGAGCUGGUUGUAGGUCGGAUCCGGAACACCCCAGAAGCAGACGAGUCUCUCAUCGACCCCAACAUCCUGUCCCUGAACAUCCUCUCCUCUGGGUACAUCCACCCCUCCCAGGAUGACCGCAUUUCGUUUGGAAAUGACACUAGGACUUUCUACCAGUUUGAGACAGCAUGGGAUAGCUCCAUGCACAACUCGCUGCUGCUCAACCGUGUCACCCCCUACCGGGAGAAAAUCUACAUCACCUUGUCUGCCUACAUUGAGAUGGAGAACUGCACUCAGCCGGCAGUCAUCACCAAAGACUUCUGCAUGGUCUUCUACUCCAGGGAUGCCAAGCUUCCUGCCUCCCGUUCCAUCCGCAACCUUUUCGGCAGCGGUAGCCUGCGGGCUUCUGAGAGCAACCGUGUGACAGGAGUCUACGAGCUCAGCCUCUGCCGUGUGGCAGACGCCGGCAGCCCAGGCAUGCAGAGACGUCGCCGGCGUGUGCUGGACACCUCCGUAGCCUAUGUGCGGGGAGAGGAGAACCUGGCUGGCUGGCGGCCCCGCAGUGACAGCCUCAUCCUCGACCAUCAGUGGGAGCUGGAGAAACUCAGCCUCCUGCAAGAAGUGGAGAAGACAAGGCACUACCUGCUCCUGCGCGAGAAGCUAGAGACAACCCAGCACCUGGGCCUGGAGACCCUGUCCCCCUGCUCCAGUGAGGACUCUGAGUCCCGAAGCACCUCCUGUGUCUCCUCCCCGCUCUCCGUCGAUGGGGCUGCUGAGAACCGCACCUCACCUCCCGAGAGCCCCAGCGAGAGGCAGAAGGAACUGGCUGUGAAGUGCUUGCGCCUGCUCACACACACCUUCAACAGGGAGUACAGCCACAGCCACGUCUGCAUUAGCGCCAGUGAGAGCAAGCUGUCCGAAAUGUCUGUGACCCUGAUGAGAGACCCGUCCAUGCAAGUUCUUGGGGUCACCACUCUCACCCCCUCCUCAACCUGCCCAUCACUGGUGGAAGGACGCUACAAUGCCAUCGAGGUCAGACCCCCCCAGGUCUCUUCCAGAGCAGAGAGCCCUGACCUGGAGCCUGCAGUAGAAGGAGAGCAGAAGAAGUCCCCAGGCCACCGGCCUGAGGAGGAAAAGGAGCCCCAGCGUUUGCUGGUGCCCGACAUCCAGGAGAUCCGGGUCAGCCCCAUCGUCUCCAAAAAGGGCUACUUGCACUUCCUGGAGCCCCACACCAAUGGGUGGGUGAAGCGCUUCGUGGUGGUCCGGCGCCCAUAUGUCUACAUUUACAAUUCAGACAAGGAUAUGGUCGAGAGGGCCAUACUCAACCUCUCCAAGGCUCAGGUGGAGUACAGCGAGGACCAGCAGGCCAUGCUCAAGACCCCGAACACGUUUGCAGUGUGCACAGAGCACCGCGGCAUCCUGCUGCAGGCAAGCAGUGACAAGGACAUGCACGACUGGCUCUACGCCUUCAACCCCCUCCUGGCUGGGUCCAUAAGAUCCAAGCUUUCCAGAAGGAGAACAGCCCAGAUGAGAAUCUAACCUGAAAAAUACCCUCCACCUCAUCCGUCUGCCAACAGAAUCAAGAUAGCUGAUUCUGUCUCAAGACUCCCCAUGCUAACGUCUGAUCUCUCACACCAUCUGCUGCCCCAGCUGCCUGCUCCAUGGAAGGAUCUGUCUCGAUUCACACCUUUGCGGAGGAAACUCACUUCCGUUUGUAGCUGCAAAAGCCUCGACCUGCCUGGGCAGGAUCUCUUGUGCACGUGCCAUCUUCUGCCCGUCCCCUCAUGGGUGACCUUCAUGUUACACCAUCUGUAAUGCUCCAGAAAGGUCCCUGUCAGAGGGGAGGGAGUGAGGAGGGCAGUUUUGGCUAAUAGCUGGUCUUUGAUCUACAGAGGUGGGAGUGUGGUAAAGCUUGGAGGGGGGAGAGCAGGAGGAAUUGCCUCCACAUGAAGGGAAAGGGAUAGUUUAAGUAUGAGGAUUUCCUAGUUUAUUGAUGUUUCUGCAA